CACAAAGACUUUCUGAUGGCGGAUCACAACCUAAGUUUUUUGCCUGUGGCAUUUUCCCUCGCGACCAGCUUCAUGUCUGCCUUGACAGUGCUGGGAACUCCAGCCGAAGUCUACCGCUUCGGAAGUGUUUUUCUCCUCUUCGCUUUCUCGUACGCCAUCAUGGUGGUGAUCAGCGCUGAGGUGUUCCUACCCGUCUUUUAUCGCCUGAGACUCACAAGCGUUUACGAGUACUUGGAGCUUCGGUAUAACAAGUAUAUGCGUAUUCUUGGAACAAUGAUGUUUAUAAUGCUAACGAUAUUAUACACCAGCAUUGUUAUUUAUUUUCCAUCACUGGCUUUGAAUAAAGUUGCAGGAUUUCAGUUGUGGGGAUCAGUAAUAGCAACAGGAUUAAUCUGCACCUUCUACUGCUCAGUAGGUGGCCUAAAGGCAGUAGUCUGGGCAGAUGUUUUCCAAUAUAUACUGAUGAUAAUUGGGCUGGGAGUAGUAUUUGCAAGGGCUGUGAUCAUUAAAGGAGGAUUUGGCCCUAUUCUACAUGAUGCUUACCAGGGAGGAAGAUUAAACAUUUGGGACUUUAACCCGAAUCCUUUGAAAAGGCACACUGUGUGGACUAUUGUGAUUGGUGGCACUUUUACUUGGGCUGGCAUGUAUGCAACAAAUCAAAGUCAAGUUCAACGAUAUUUUGCUUGCAGAUCACAAUGGGAUGCCAAAUGUGCUCUAUAUCUGAAUCUUGUGGGCCUCUGGAUAGCUCUGAUUUUUGCAUCACUGGAUGGAUUAUCAAUGUAUUCAAUAUAUAAGGAUUGUGAUCCAUUGACAUCCGGAAUUGUAUCAGCCCCAGAUCAGCUCAUGCCAUAUUUUGUCCUGGAUAUUCUGGAAGAUUAUCCAGGUGUACCAGGGCUUUUUAUGGCUGGAACUUACAGUGCUUCAUUAAGUUCAGUGUCUACCAGCAUCAAUGCAUUAGCAACUGUAACUUUAGAAGAUUUUAUUAAGCCUUAUUUCACACUGUCUGAAGAAAAGUUAUCAUAUAUUGCCAUGGGAAUAAGUCUAUUAUUUGGUAUAGCAUGUCUAUCCAUGGCUGCAUUAAUAUCUGUUAUGGGUACUUUAUUACAGGCUGCAUUCAGUGUAUUUGAAUUAAUUGGAGGACCUUUGUUAGGAAUAUAUUCUUUGGGCAUCUUAUUUCCUUCUGCAAAUUCUAAAGGUGCAUUCUCAGGUUUUAUUUGUGGAUUUUGUGUAAUAAUGUGGAUUGGAAUUGGUGCUCAGAAAUACCCACCGGGACCUCACAGGACAGUACCAUUACCUCUUUCAAUUGCAGGCUGUCAAAGAUCCAACGACAGUGCAUUUGUAUCAAUGAUUGUUACUAGCCCUUCACCAGCUCCUUCAAGAUCAUAUCUUCAAGAAUACUGGUAUUCAGUGUCAUAUCUAUAUUUCAGCACAUUAGGUGCUUUGAUUACAUUUAUUGUGGGAACAAUUAUAAGUUUAUUAACAGGAGGUUUAAAUAAAGAGGUAGAUCACAGACUUCUGUUUACAAAAAAGGAUUUUAUGGUGAAUAUUCAGUACUGGAAAGACAAAUUUAAUAGAGCCACUUUAAUGCUUCAAGAACAUCAACUGCCUUCUACAGAUGCUUUGCAUGGCUCUGAAAAAGAUAUUGCUAAAUCCUAUCCAUAG